CUUUGUUCAGAGCCGGGCGAUUGCGGAGAGGUUUUUGGAAAUGGGUGAGAGCGUGCGGGGCGGACGGAGGAAUGGAGCCCAAAGGGAGUUAGAAGAUAUGAAGACUGUGAGACCUUUCUCUGACUUCAGCACUUCUGGUAACUUUACGGUUGCAGACUCCAGCAGGAGAUUUUAAAUUUAAAAACAGUGAAAUUGUUUCAGGGACUAGCAGCAGAUAUCACUCAUCCCUAGUUACCUGUGGAGAAGAUGAUGUUUGACCUUCUUGAACCGCUGCAGUCCGUGUGGUGAAGCUGCUCCAACAAUGCUUUUGGUUUCACAGGGGAUUAGAAGGGGAGCAUUUUUGAAACGAAACAACAAAUCAGGAUCUGACAGAGUCGCCCAAUUUAUUGUAACCUGAAUAUCAUUGGAUUUUGAACAUGGAAGGAGAAAGCCCCGUUCACAGUGGGGAGAAACUGUACACGUGUUCUGUGUGUGGACGAGGCUUCCGCCAAUCAUCUGGCCUGUCGAGACACAAGUGCAGUUCCAGUGGGGAAGAAUCGGGGAAAUGUGGAGACUGUGAGGAAAGAUUCAACUACCCGUCUGAACCGGAAAUUCACCAAUGCAGCCACAGCAAGGAGAGGCCAUUAGUUUGCUCUGUAUGUGGGAAGAGAUUCACUCAGUUAUCCACCCUGCUGACACAUCAGCGAGUUCACACUGAGGAAAGGCCCUUCACCUGCUGCAAAUGUGGGAUGGGAUUCACUCAGUCUUUCAACCUGCUGAGACACCAGCGAGUUCACACUGGGGAGAGACCGUUCACUUGCUCCAAGUGUGGAAAGGGAUUCAGUCAGUUAUCCACCCUGCAAACACACCAGCGUGUUCACACUGAGGAAAGACCUUUUAAAUGUCCAGACUGCAGGAAGUACUAUAAAAGUUUAAAGGAACUGAUGUUCCAUCAACGUGUUCACAGUGAGGAGAGACCUUUUAAAUGCCCAGACUGUGGGAAAUGCUAUAAAGGUUCCAGGGAACUGAUGUUUCAUCAACGUGUUCACACUGAUGAGAGACCUUUCAGGUGCUCUCACUGCGGGACUGGGUUCAGGUGGCCAUCUCAGCUCACUGAACACCAGCGAAUUCACACUGGGGAGAGACCGUUCACCUGCACUGAGUGUGGGAAGGGAUUUACUCGGUCAUCCCACCUCAUGGCUCACCAGCAAGUUCACGCUAAUGAGAGACCUUUUAAAUGCCCAGACUGUGAGAAGUGCUGCAAAAGUUACAGCAAUUUGAUGUCCCAUCAACGUGUUCACACUGAGGAGAAACCUUUUAAAUGCACAGACUGUGAGAAGUGCUUUAAAAAUUCCAGCGAUCUGAUGUGCCAUCAACGUAUCCACACUGAUGAGAGACCAUUCAGGUGCUCUCACUGUGGGACUGGGUUCAAACGAUCAUCUCAACUCACUGUACAUGAGCGUAUUCACACUGGGGAGAGGCCAUUCACCUGCUCCGAGUGUGAGAAGAGAUUCACUCAGAAAUCCAACCUGCUGAGUCACCAGCGAGUUCACAAGUGACUGCAGGAGUUGGAUUUUGCUGUUAAUCACAUCCAGGAUGCAGCCAUGUUCAUUGGGGUCUUUUUCUGCUGAUGUUAGCAAAUUCCAGCCCAAUUACAUGUAUUAUUCUGGAUAAAAGUAAAAUAAAUCAGCUUUUUGUUAAA